AUGAAGAAUGUCCCUUGCCAUGUGGUAGAAAUAUUUCACACCACGUCUGUUGAUGUCUUAGCGGUUAUCGUCCCUGGACGGCAGAUAAGCAGAGCUACAAAACUGGUCUUGCACGUCCCCCGGUGAGAUGCUCCUUCCACCCAUGAAGGUUUUAAUUGCCCGACAGGAGAGUUUCCAGUGAAACCAAUGAAAGGUCGUGUGCUAGGCGGUGUCUUGUGGAUGGUGGCAGUAAAGGCACUAUGGCGUCGGGGGCUAAUCACAUCCGGUAAAAAUAGUACCUGAAGCACCUGAAACCCGUGAGGACCUGCGUGACGUGGAUUGUCAGUUUUCUCCGGCGUUUCAGAACCCACAUUUUGAGAUCAGAAAUGAUCAAACGUGUCCAGGUCCCCUUGUCACUGCGACCCGGAUCCUUUUGUGCUCGAGUGCCAAAAGGUCACCGGGAGGAACAAAGGCCAGAAGUAUAGCGGCGUCGGACGAGAGUGAAGACUCUGCGCAUAUAAAUUGUGAACUAUGGAAACCUACUUGUAGGCACAGUUUUGGGUGUAAAGAUAUCUUAAAGUGUAACGAUUAUUUUCAAUCGUGGUUUUCCAUCACUCAUCAGUUGUCGUCUAUCAAUAAUAUGUUAUAAUAGCGACAAUUUUUAAUUUUUAUUGCAAUAUUUCUAAUUUAACGUUAUUUUUGUUAAUUUUUUCCGCUGUUAAUCGACAAGUUAUAAUAAAUGUUUAGUCUCCGAGUGGGGUGUAAUAACAAUGUAUGCUAUUAGUUGAACACGGAGAGAAAAACGUUAUAUAAUAUCGAAUAAUAUUAAAUUUUGAGAGUAUGAAAUUUAAUGCAUUUGUAUGUUUUUUUUUAUUUUUCAGUGCAUAUUUUACUUGUUAUAAGUGCAUAUAUGUAUGCAUAUUUAAUGCUUCUUUAAUUUGAAGGUAGGUACGUAGAUAAAUACGUAUAGAAAAGUUUCUAUUGCUCUCAAAUUGUAUGCAAAUGAGUUGUAACCUGGACGAGAUCGUCCGGUAGACGUGUAUGAUCUGAAGGAAGUCGGCUCUUUGAGCCUUCAAGUGACAUGGCAAACGGCCUAUUUGGUCGCUCUGUCGGCCCAGAUUGGGGAGGCGUACAUCAACCUACUGUUAACCACCGACAUAAGCAGCGACCGUUUAGACUAGGAUGACCCACCAGAAUGAGCACUGGUAUUACUUAUCACUAAUUAUAAUUUAGAAUUUUAUACUUAUGAUAAUUUGGAUUCUUAUAAUUCCCCAAUAUGUCAACAAAUAUUUAGAGUCUUUAGUAUAAGAUACUUGGGUUUAACAUUUGAUAAAAAUAUGAAAUGGAACUUACAUGUAUAUAAUAUUGUGAUGCAUAUGCGUUUAUUAUCGUUUAGCUUUUAUAAAUUACGGUCUUUUCUACCAAUGCAAACUAUGCACAUAAUUUACUUAUCACUAUUUCCACCAAUAUUCUAUUAUGGUUUAUUGGUUUAAGGGGGGGGGGGUAAUUAAAAUACAUCUAGACCACUACAACUUUUACAAAAAAAAAAAUGAUUAGAAUAUGCCUGAGUAAAAAUACUUUAAUAGGUUCAACUAAAGAAAACUUUAAGUUAUUUUAUAUACUACUAUUUGAAUCAGUAUAAAAGAAAAUAAUUAUUUUAUAUAUAAUCAAAAACUUUGAAUCUUUUAUGGAUAUGAAAAAUGUAAUAGUUAAAAGAGAAUAUUGGGCGUUUGAUGUCAAAAUGGAGUAUUCUAGAAAAGCGUUUAGUCAAAAGUUCAUAGAAUAUUUAUUUAAGUCAAAAAAAAUACAACUUAAUGCCUAUAAACAUAAAAAAAGACAUAUUCUAUAUUGAAGGAAAUCGCAAACUACAAAAAUAAAAAAUAAAAUUCUGAAUUAGCCAUUUUCAGUACUGUAAUAAGAAAUGAUAUUUAACUGUUUUUAACAUUUUUAUUUGUUAGUAAUACAAUUGUAAUGUAUACAUUAGUAAUAAAUACUUUAUGUAUUAUAUAGAUAUUUUAUGUUUUCAUGUUUUAUAAUUAAAUUAUUCAUAAUUUAUUUUAACCUAAUUGUUUAUUUAUAAUUAUUUACUAUGUUAUGUAAUUUAAUCAUGUUUACUAUAACUCCCUACAUCACCACAAUUUUUGCUUAAAAGUGUAGGUAAUUUUUAUUAUUUCUUUAAUAUUUUGUAAUUGUAUUUUAUAAUGUAUUAGUUUAAUAAUAAAAAUCUAUGGAAAAAAAAAUCAUGGAUGUACAUAACUCCACGAUUCUCAUAUUUAUUUUUUUAUUAUUUUUAUAAAUUAUAAUAAUAAAUUUAAUCACUUUGGAUCUUUUUCUCAAUUUUUCUUUUUUCUAAAUUUUCAUGGACCCAUUGAAAAAAACCGUUCACUCGAGUAUUUUUCCAAAUUUUCUAUCAUUUUGAAUACUAGUUCGGGCAGUUGGGUUUUAAUUUUAAUCGACAAAGUUCAUCUAUGUUUGCUGAUAUAAUUUGAAUUGUUUCGGUUAAAAAAUAUGUAUAUCAUUUUUUUAAAAGAUUAAAUGUUUUAUUAUAUCUUAAGAAGGUCUGAUAUAACUUGGAGUCCUUUCAUUAUCAAAUAAUUGAUGACUUCAUUCAUCAUAACUGUAACUGGAUUCCCUUAGCUUGUGGUCUCUUGGCCUCCAACUCAACACUAGUAAAUGCCAGUCUAUGUUCUUUUCUAGAUGUUAUAGAACUAUUUGUUCGUUGAUCAUGUUUACACUGUUAAUGGUUCAGCGAUUGAUAGAGUAGAAUCUAAAAACGAUUUUGGCGUUCUCUUCAGUCCUGAUUUGAGCUUCCGUUUGCACAUUGAGGCACCAUGUCAAAGUUUUACCUGUUUGUGGCUUGUUAAGAGCAAAGAAUACUUGGACAGUAAUAAAAAAGGCCUUGCUUAUGCAGAGAUGGUUAAAAAAUACAAGGAGAUUGAUCUUUCGGCAGGCAGAAACACUGUUGUGAAAACAAUGAAUGCAUUGCGUACGGUUUAUAAGAAAGAACUAUCAAAAAAUUAA